GGGCCAAUAGGAGCGCGGCGGCGGGCGGGCCGGCGCCAUGGCGGAGGCGGGGGGGCGCUGAGCGGCCUCGCGGCGGGCCCGGGCUGGAGCGGGGGGCGCGCGCCCAGGUUUUUCCCCCUCAGCGGGAUGGAGCCGGCUCCGGCGAGGCCGAAGGCCCCGUCCUUCCUCUCGGACCUGGGCAAGGCGACGCUACGGGGGAUCCGCAAAUGUCCUCGCUGCGGAACCUACAACGGCACGCGGGGGCUGAGCUGCAAGAACAAGACCUGCGGCGCCGUCUUCCGCUACGGCACCCGCAAGCAGCCCGGCGUCGACGCCGUCAAGCUCAUCACGGGCUCCGAAGCGCAGCUUUACUCCGUGCGCCAACGGGACCGGGGGCCGGAUCAUCGGGGUUUCGUAGAGCUCGGGGUCCCGGAGGCGGCCGUGCAGCCGGUGGUCGGCCCCGCGGCGCCGCGGUUGGGCGCGGGGCGCUGCCACGUGCCGGCCUGCCUGCAAGCGGCCGCUCAAGGCGUGGUGGAGAAGCAGUGCCAGCACGUCAAGCUGGCCCUGAGCUGCCAAACGGAAGCCACGCCGCUGGCCCUAAAAAGCUCCGUCCUCAAUUCGGUGCAGGCGUCCCCCGAAACCAAGCAAACCCUCUGGCAGCUGGCCGCCGAGCCCACGGGGCCGCUGGUGCAGCGCGUCACCAAGAGCGUCCUGGUGGUGAAGUGCGAGGCCAGCCAGAGGCACAGCCUGGGCUACCUGCACGCCUCCUUCGGCCACAAGGUGAGCGCCAAGGCGCUGGCCGAGCACCGCUUCGUCUGCUCCUGCCAAACCCCAAAACCCGGCAAGGGGGGCGCCGGGGGGAAGGAGGAGGCGGCGGCGGCGCCGGCAGCACCGCGCUGCGUUCACUUCUUCGCCUGCAUCUGCGCCUUCGCCAGCGACGAGAGCCUGGCGCAGGAAUUCGCUGAUUUCCUCGCCUGCGAUGCCGGAGGUCUGAAAGGUGUCGCCGUCCCCCCGCUGCUGUGCGGCCCCGAAGCCUCCGCCCUGCAGGCCGGGGAGGCCGCCGCCAAGCCCAAGAAGAGGAAAAAGGACCCGGCGUGUGGGACGCAGGCGAGCGGCCCGCUGCUGGCUCAGGACCCGGCGAGCCUGAGGAGAGGCAGCACGAAGAAACCGCCCGUGGCCUCCUCGCUGAAAAGGCAAGGCUGUAACCAGCUGCUGGACGAGGCGCAGGUCACCCUGUCCUUCCAAGACUGGCUGGCCAGCGUCACCGAGCGCAUCCACCAGACCAUGCAUUACCAGUUCGAAGGCAAGCCCGAGCCCCUGGUCUUCCACAUCCCCCAGGCGUUCUUCGAUGCGCUGCAGCAGAGGAUUUCCAGCGGGAGCGCCAAGAAGAGGCUGCCCAACUCCACCACAGCCUUCGUCCGCAAAGACGCCCUUCCCCUGGGGACCUUCUCCAAGUACACGUGGCACAUCACCAACAUCCUGCAGGUGAAGCAGAUCUUUGACACGCCCGAGCUGCCGCUGGAGAUCACGCGCAGCUUCAUCCAGAACCGGGACGGGACCUAUGAGCUCUUCAAGUGCCCCAAGGUGGAGGUGGAGAGCAUCGCCGAGACCUACGGGCGCCUGGAGAAGCAGCCGGCCAUCCGGCCGCUGGAGCUCAAAACCUUCCUCAAAGUGGGGAACACCUCUCCCACCCAGAAGGAGCCCACCCCCUUCAUCAUCGAGUGGAUCCCCAACAUCCUACCUCACUCCCGCAUCGGCGAGCUGCGCAUCAAGUUCGAGUACGGCCACCACGGCAGCCGCCAGCCCCCUGCCUUCUCCGAGCAGCAGGCGCCGGCGCUGGAGCCAGCGCUGGAGCUCGCCCCGCUCGCCACCAUCACCUUCCCCUGAGCCCCUGGGCCACCGGGGCCGCCAGGCGGGCAGAGGUUGGCCUGGAAGAGACAAAAAAACAAGCAGGGAAGGGCUGGUUACCUGCUCGCCCUCCAGCAAGCAGCUGCAAAAAGGAGAAGUCCCGCUCGCCGGGUGCACGCUGCUCCUCGCUGCACCCAGGAAUGGCAGGUGGGGGGCUCGAGGGGGGCUGCACCCCAAAUAUAGGGGUGGCCACACCCAGGGGGGAACCCCCAGGCAAGCAUCACCACCGCCACCCUGGGGAGCCCUGGCUGCACUUGGGGUGAGCUGGGGGCUUUGGGGCUGAGCAGGGGCCUGGGGGGUGCUUGGGGUUCCCCCACCUGAGUGCAGCACGGGCUAAAAAUGCAGAGUUUGUGCUGCUGGGUCGCUCCAGCCUCUCCUGGGGACAGGAGGAGACCAGGGGUCCUCGCCCCAACCCCGCAGGGAGAAGAGCUCUGGGAGCCGAGCGCAGUGCUCCGGCAGCCCCCAGACCAUGGAGGGGGCUCCCACCCCCAUCCCCGUGCCCCCCUCGUUGCCAAAACCUCACAGGCUUGCACCGAUCAGGCUGGCACCGCUCACCCUGCUGCAGGACAUAGGAAAAAAAAAAUAAGAAAAGGAAAUAAAGCACCCAUCUCAGGCA